AUGAGGAUAAUUGAAUUGAUCCUAAUUAUGUUUAUUAAAGAAUGUUUGAGCACAAAACUCAAGAUUCUGCGCUUUGAUGGCGGAAAAGCCCAACUAGACACGACGUCGGUGACGUCUGAUGAUUUAUUUGAAUUUAACUCCAAAGUUUUCGGAUUGAAGGCAAAUGAACCCGUGGGUAAUCGACCAAGAGCGCUUCUGAUAAUCAGCGUGGUCGGAUCAGAUUCAAUAAAUUAUAAGGAAGUUGGAAACGAGUAUCAUUUCUUGGAGAAAUUUCAUACUCACAAUAUCAAGUCGCGUUUAAUUGAAGCAUCCAAAAACCAAUCCGAGCACGUGAAUGUCGAUUCGUCGGGGAUUAUUGGAUCCAAUAUUGCCUACAUUGCCUCGAAAACUCCGGUGAAUGUGGAGAUUUUCGUGUCGAAUCCGCUCGUGAAGCAAGAAUUGCUAAAUGUAUACAAGCUUAGCGAAGCCGUGAAAAAAUUUGACUUCAAGAAAAAGGAAGCUGUGGAUUUUUACAGGAUUCACUUCCAUGUAUCUCAUUUUAAAAGCUUCAAACAAGAUGACGAAGUACAUGAAGUCGAAAAAGCUAUGGCAGAGAUCAUCGCAAGCGUUGUCGAAGCGUACGACAAAGGAGUAAUGGUUCAAAUCUACUCGCACGCGGUUUCAAUCGACGAAAUCAACAAGAAUAUUCGUCCGUUCUCGGCGCGCCAUCUUGAAAAAAUGCGCGAACGAUAUCAAAUUCAUCACCCGAGGCUUCCCGAUGAUUCCGUCAUUUUUCUUAUCAAUAUAUUCGUCGUUUCUCUUAUUGGAUUUGCGAUAGUUUCGUUUUUGUGGUUCCUCGCCGCCUCCGACGAUAUGGGUAAGAAUUCGAUUGUCUACCGCCUCUCGAUGAAUGCUCAAACUUGGAACAAAUAUCGCAAGAGCAAUUAUCAGACCGGCUCGAUUUUGCAGUUCCAAUGCAGCUCAGGAAGCGAUGAGCCGAUUGUGUUAGAGAAAAAUCCGUACACAAAGGAGCCGAGGAAAUGCCUUCUGUGUCGGACCGGAAUUGAAUUGGAUUACAAAAAUGCCCGAUUGUUGCAGAUGCCCAAUUUUGCUCGAAGGAUUAUCUGUACAUUAAUCGUAUUACAGCAAUUCGUUUCAACGUUUUCCGGACGAGUAUACGAUCGACACAUUACUGGAUUGUGCGAUGAGCAGCAGAAGAAGCUUCUCGAAGCAAUUGCGAAAUCGCGCCGCGCUGGAUACAUGCCGAUCUUUGUGAAAGAUCCGAAGUAUACAAGUGAUCCGAAGCUUUUUGAUCCACUUCGACCAAUUCGCCCACAUUCCUUCGCCUGA